CUUGACUCUCAGGUGUGGCAAUUGUGUCAGUGCAAUCUGAGGCUUCGUCAUGAGAUCAGCGAAACCAUAACGUUUACCUCUUUCACUCAAAGGUUACUCAUUGUACAGUUGCUGUACUUUUAACAAAGGCAUUGAAAAGUUUUGUCGGCCUGUCAACCAAACACCACCAACAAGUCACAGCUAAAGUUGCUCCUGAGUUGUAAUAGCGGUUUGGACUUUUCAUUUCUCCGGGCCAAAAGGUCUGCUGUUACUCUUGACAACAUCCAAUCAGGAAACUUGGCACUGAGAACCUGCACAGCAACAACAUGGAACCAAGAGAGGAAGAACAAGAAAUGGAGAAGCAGGAGGAGGACAUUUACAUUCCCAGGUCACCUCCCAGGAAUGCUCAUGGCACAGAUGCAGUCUCGGGGAACCCCACAUUAGCUGCCGAUGACAGGCCAGCCCCGCCCAGCAGUCUGGCUCUGACAGGGCCCCGACCCAGGAAGAAGCGUCUGGUGGCUCCCGCCCUAAGUCUGACGCUGGAUCGCAGUGACUCGGCGGUGUCCGACGACUAUGCCACAGCUGCCCUCUCUCCCUCCCCUGAUGACGACGAUCUGGGGCUGGACAUCGACUUGGAUGCCAUGGAAACGCCCUCGGACAGCGAGUCCCUCCAUUUUCCAGUGCACGACAUGGAUUUGGAGGAUGACCUGCUUCGUCUGGGAGUGGCAUCCCGUUUCCAUAAGGCCCGUGGGUCAGUACCAGAGCAGAUGGGAGUGGGCUCUCUUGACCAAGACCAAGUGGACAGCCAGGGCACUAGGUGGCGCCGGUUCCGCACAGGAGAUCCGCUUCAGGAGAGUCUGGUCAACAUGAGUGUACUGGAACCUUUCCUUCGAGUCUUGUCACAUGGGGGUUACUAUGGAGAAGGGUCUAAUGACAUCAUUGUGUUCUCUUCCUGCUAUCUCCCUGAAAACAACAUGGAGAACUACCAGCAUGUCAUGGACAACCUGUUCAGGUACGUUGUGGGAACGUUGGACCUGAUGGUUGCGGAGAACUACGUCAUUGUGUACCUGUGUGCCAUGGCCCAGCGUGACAAGCUCCCCACCAUUGGCUGGCUCAGAGAGUGUUACACCACCGUUGACAGAAGGUUGAGGAAGAAUCUGAAAGGUCUGUACAUUGUACACCCAACCUGGUACAUUAAGGCCCUGAUCACCAUCAUCAAGCCCUUCAUCAGCUCCAAAUUCAGUCGCAAGCUUCAGUUUAUCAACAGCCUUCGGGAGCUGUCCCAGCACAUCCCUAUUGAGCGUGUGCAGAUCCCCGACUGCGUCAGACAGUUUGAUGAGAAUAUGGACAGGUGAUAUGCUGAAAAGGUUGAUCUGGACCACAGUGCAAAGGGACAUGAAGACAAAACAGUGGACUAAAAAAAGGCUCAAAUCUGUCAACCAAUUACUUGACACAGAGGAUGAACCUGGCUGCCCAAUCUCACGUCAGUUGUCCUAUGAGACAACUUUAACCAAAGCAUCUACUGAAGGACCGCAAGAAGAAACACUGAGCUCCAAAGGUAUCGAGACUGUAACCACGUUUCCAUCCACAGUUUUUAUGCAGUAAAAUCAUACCAUAUAAAAAAUUUAAAAAACAACAGCUGAUGGAAACAGGAAGUUUCGCUACGAUGUUAUAAAUGCAGACAGAUCAUUUGUUCGUUCGACAUGUCGGGAUAUUUUUGUGUCAGUAAAAUGAAUAAUGUGAGAAAUGGCAGUGGAAACGCCUUCAUGCACAAAUAUAAUAACCACCAUAUCGAAGGUAACUUGGAGUCCCGCGAUGUAAUGGGGCGUGGUUCUCUCGCUACAACUCAGGAAACCAUGCAGAUUAUUAGGCUACAGAUGAAGUGCUGGAUUUUACAGGGUGGGUAAAGUGCAAUGUGAUCUUUAUGCCCCUUUCCAAUAAAUAUUGAGGGUCUUAUUCUGGUGACUUGAUGAUCAGUGCUUGACUGCCAUUUUUGACCAAUAAAAAUAUUCUCACCUCUUA